AUGGCGAUUGACAAUGUCAAUUUUGUAGGAUGGCAAGAGUGCGCUAGAAGUGUCAAGUGUAGUGAGCAGGCUAUAAAUAACUACAUGAAGCGUUAUGCAAAACAGCAUACUUGUGAAGAACAUGCAAGACGGCACAAUGGUGGUUCUCUUACUUCGUGUACUUCGCAGUAUUGGUGGAUGGUGCAAACAUGCUUAGAAGAGAACAAGUGUGAAGGAAAUGGUGGUAAAUGUAUAGAACCUGAUGAGUGUUGCAGAGGAACAGGUAUUUCCAAUCGACCUGGAUUGCAAUUCUGCACUGAAGGAAAAAAAUGCUGUACCCAGAAAGGAGAUGGUUUGUGCACGGAUUGUAGUGGGGAAUGCAUACCAGAUUGCUUAGACUGUGAUUUGGGUGAAUUUAUCAGUGGUCUGUGUCCUGGUGAUCAUUACAAAUGUUGCAGGCGUAACCUGGCAAAUGGCGAACGAUGUCAUCGACGUGGAGGAAAAUGUAUGCAAGAUACACAAGCCAUUACAUGUGAUGGCACGUAUGGUGGUACAUACACGCCUUUGUUGUGCCCUGGCACCGAAACGUGUUGCAUACCAAACGGAGGCGCAAACUGUGAAGCUAAAGGUGGAAUUUGUACCAAUAGUAAAUUCAAAUGUAAUACACUUCAUGGAGCAGACUGGCAAUAUGAUAAUGACAAUACUCUUUGUCCCGCACCAAAUGCACCCUUUAAUCAAAGAUGUUGUGUUCCAGUAGGGGACACAAUGUGCAUCGAGGCAGGUGGUGUCUGUGAGGAUUCGAGUAUGAAAGAGUGUUGUUGUGAGCAAGACAAGAAGGAAUUCAAGCUUGGUAUGUGUGCUCUCGGCAAUGACCCAACAUGCGAAAGGAAGUGUUGCCUGAAUACUGGAGUUGCCUGUGGCGACCCUCAUUACACAACAUUAGAUGGCAGAAAAUUUAGUUAUCAAGGAACAUGUUCGUAUGUUCUGAUGCAAGACUGUGUCAACGUCCCACCCAUGUUUAGUGUAGAAGCUGCCAGCGUCCCCGGUGUACAUAAAGGAAAAAUCGUGACAAGGAUUUCUUCCGUAAAAUUGAGACUUGGCAAUAAUAUUAUCGAUCUUGUCAAAGACAGAGUGACUUUGAUCAACGGCGUUAAACUACGAUCAAAACGAUCUACUGUUGAUUCAUAUAAUACUACAAUCGAAAAUGAUGGGCACAAUGUGAAACUGAACAUGGAAGGAUUCUUCACCUUGAUGUGGAAUGGACAACAUAGAGUGGAAAUAAUCCCAGGCAAAAACAUAAAAGGAAAAGUAUGUGGAUUACUUGGAAACAAUGACGAUGACCCAAGUAAUGACUUUCAUACGUCACUUGGCAUCCUUACUAAAAAUGUACAUCAAUUUGCAGAGAGCUGGAAAGUACCUUAUAGCUGCUGAGAACGUAACCGGUUAAGUCUGAACAGAAGAUUCAACAAUAAACAAUUAAGCAUGCACAUUUUAUUGGAUCAUUGUACCAAAUCGAUAUGCAAGUUACGUGCAUUUGGGACUUGGUUAAUUUUUUUCAAGGGAUUAAGGGAUUAUAGGGAUAUACUAAAAGGAAUAUUAUAGCGAACAUUAUUUAUAACUUGCAAUUUAAUGUAAAUUGAUUACUACUGCUCGGAUAAAUACUCGGAUUGAAGUCGCAAAUUAUAUGCAUUAAGUAUGCAUCAUAUAUCAGUCAGAUUUAAGCAUUGUUUUAUGAAUAUGUUUUACAAGAAGAUGAAGACAAGAAUUGAUAAUAUACUUUGUAAUAUGGGCAAAUUUAUCAUU